AUGACCGUGGUCCAACCAUCCGAAGUGAUGGUGAAUAUACAAUCACCCACGCAGAACGAGAACAUGUCCAAGGUACGGAUACCACCGCAAUCAUGGGACAGCCACAUGCAUGUGUUUGAGCCUCACUCGCUUGACCAUGACAGCGCACCGUAUCUACCAAUAUCUUCGGAUCUCCCUCAGGCGUUGACUUUCGAAUCCUCUCUCGGCCUCCGCAACAUCGUCCUCGUCCAACCAUCCUGCUACGGAUUCGAUAAUACGUACCUGCUGCGCGCUCUGAGGAAACUCGGGCCCCGGCAUGCUCGUGGAGUUGUAGCAUUCAAUCCUCACACGACCACGUUUCAGGACUUGCAAUCAUGGCACCGCUUGGGUGUGCGAGGGGUACGAAUCAAUCUCAAAUCAGUCAAUGAGACAAUGGAUCGCCGGGCCUUUGAAGCUCUUCUUUGGCGCUAUGCUGAUGCCGUACGUCCACUCGGCUGGGUCAUUCAGCUGUACGUACCCAUGGAGCUCGCAGCUUGGCUAGAGGACCUGGCUCCCAGUCUUGACGUCAAGAUCUGUCUUGACCACUUUGGCUGUCCUGACCUUUCAUCGGUGGCAAAGGAAUUAUCCUCAGUCCACAGCUCUUCCUCGUCUGGUCGACAAACACCAGCCGAUCCGUACGAGAUCCCGGGAUUUCGGUCCGUCAUCAGCCUCCUGGCUCAGGGCAAGACCUACAUCAAGUUCUCCGGAGCGUACAGGAUAUCGAAUGAUCCGCAUCUUCGAGACCUCACCCCGAUGGCAAAGGAGUUGCUUCGAGUGGCUGGACCAACUCGGAUAGUAUUCGCCACGGAUUGGCCGCAUACGCGGUUUAACGGCUUGGACAUUGAGCCUUUUGUGAAACAGUGCAUUGGAUGGUGUGACAAUGACAUUGUCCUUGUCAAUCGCAUCUUCAGGGAGACGGCAGAAGAAUUAUGGGAUGUCAAGGAACAAAGCUCCGACUCGCAGCAGGCGAAUUUGUGA